AUGACUACGACCUUCAGGUUGAUCAACUGUUCGAAUCGCGAGUGUUCUCUUUGUGGGGAUACACGAUUCGAACUCAAAUGUCUCCCGUGCUCACAUAAUAUUUGCACAGAAUGUCUUCAAAGCACGCGACGUAUGAAAAGCUUAAAUACAUCCGUGUAUUGUCCAAUAGAUGAACACAAGUUUCAUCUCGCAAAUAAUGGAAUUGAUAGUCUACCAACGAAGGGACACUUGAUCGAAGUAACAAGAAACGGAAGACACCAGAACUUCGAUCGACCGUCCAUUGAAUUUUCAACUGAUCUCAGCGAGAUGUCUGAAAUGUACGAGUUGUUGACAUAUACCCAGGAGUAUCGUAAUGACCUGGCGGCAUCUAUCAGGGACAUGGAGCACGGGAUUGAUGCGUCAUUGUCGGUCCAGGAGGAACGAGUUAAAGAAGAAAUCCGCAGCACAGCUGACGCACUCGUGGACGCUGUUCGCGCUAAGGAAAAGGAGCUCUAUCAAGACGUGGAUCGAUUAAUCGCGUCGGAAAAGCGAGAUCGCUAUCAAGAAAUAGCAGAUUUUUCACUACAGGCACACCACGUUAUUCAAGUUGUUGAAAUGAAUCAUGGAAAGUUUAAACCAGGCAGGAGGGACGAGUUAUUGGCGAAUAAAGUACAAGCACAGUUACUUGCGGUGAAACAGCGAAAGAGUUCAUUGAUGGAGGAUCAGGAAAACCGUCUGUACGAGAUGUCUUUCGUGGCGAACAAUGGGUGCUUUCAAGAGCCGCUCGGAAGGGUCAAGUGCGACAUAGAUAUAAAAGAAGCGAGGGAUGAUAAGAAUGAUGGCGCCAAAUGUACUAAUGAAGAUGGGCCCAUAGAGAAGCGUCGACUGUCUUCUCAAAGAGACUCAAAGAGAAAGCCCGGUCAAGUUCUUAGUGUUAUGAUUCCACCAAGCCCACUGUCAGAAAAAUUUCUCCCUUGGGCCUUAUCAGUCAGCGAGAGCGGGCACAUAGCUGUUGUUGACCGAGGAAAUAACUGCAUUCAUAUUUUUGACCCCAUGGGAGAUUUUUUGCGUCACGUUGCCAAGCCUUACGGCAACAAGUUGCUCGAAGUGUAUGGCGUGACUUUUAUGUCGCGUAACACUUUCGCUGUCUCUGAAUACUCUCCUACGACCGGAAGCGGUUGUCUUAUUGAGAUGGGGAUUUCCGGAGAUCAUUUGCGCGUGAUUGCUAAUCUCAAAGGACCAGCGCACGUGACUUCAUUUACUUCUUUUUCAAGUUCAUGUAAGAACGUCAUCGCAGUUUACUACACUAACAGUAUGGAGGCUCCUGACGUGUUUAGUGCGAGAGAUGAACGAAAAAUCGAGUUACCUGUUGGAAAAUGUUCGCGGACGGGACUGAACCAUGCUCAAAAAGGAGUGCAUCUCAAGGAUAAAUUCAUCUUUUCAGACAGCAACAAAGUGGCAAACCAAGGUUGCGUGAAAGUCUUCGAUUCAGACUGUCAGUUUGUCACCAGUUUCGGAGAACAGCCACUUUGGAACGAGAAGAGCCUGGGUCAUCCGCUACGUAUUGCCGCUGACCCAUUGAAUUGCUUGAUCCUGGUAUAUCAACAGUUUUCCAACAGAAUGAGGGUUUAUGACGUCACUGGCGCAUGCGUAUCGGAAUUCCCCACGACAUCCGGGCUACUUGAUUUUACUGUUGCCCCGGAUGGCAGUCUCGUCGCUACUUGUAGCAAAAACAGUGAAUUCCCCAACUCGGUUGUAACAUUGUCAUAUAUGUAG